AUGAAACUGGUAGGGACCGUUUGCAAAGCCACUACAAUCAUUGUCAGCGGAGAGGAGACCGGGAGCCUCCCAGUACGAUACCGAAAGGACGACGACCACAUGCUUGUGUCACGGUUCAUGCUGACAAUGGGUCUGGGCUUCCAGUGUAUUUCGUCCAAGAUCCGGUGUGACGGCUGUUUCCCAUGUUCGCAAUGCAAAAAGAAGAAAGUGCAAUGCCGGCAGAGAACAACGCCUCGACCGGCUUCCAAUGCCGAAAGACUAGAACCGCUUGAUGAUCGAGUGUCAAUCCAGGCCCUUCUCAACAGAGGAACGGACACUUUCACGGAGAAAUUCAAUCUUCCCGUGCGAGACGAGGAAAUUCGAAACCUUCCAUUCCAUCGACAUCAACAACGGAGUGAACAAGGGGAGGAAGACAAUGAAACCAACACCAACGUGCUGGCCGCCAGCACCGACAAAAGCCCCAAUUCCAUAGAUUAUGCUGGUGUGUUUGACUCUUCCGUCGAGCCCGAGAUGGAUAUCUGGACCGGGCCAUUCUCAUUCAUCCACCCGUCGACAACAUACUCUGACUUGCAGCUCGACCUUUAUGAUCCAGCAUUCGCCUUUUCAGAAACCCUCCAGCGACACACUUCGUACGACUCGACUCAAACGUUACCUGAUCAGGUGCCAUACGUUUCAGCGAUCCAUACGGCCAUCUACAACAAGUUGUGGUGUCUGGGUAUAGAUGCCAAAACUCGGCAGGAACUCAGUGCCUGCUUCAAUUUCCUCGUCACGGCGGACAAGGUGCCCAAAUUCAUGUCGAUAUACUUUCGGAACUGGCACUUGAAUUGUCCGAUGAUUCAUCGACCGUCGUUCGAUCCGGCAAAAGUUCCCUUGAACCUGGUCAUUAGUAUACUUUUUAUUGGAGCCAUGUACUCCAAAGAGCAGAGCGAGCGUGUGGCAGCCAAGAGACUGUUGGACGUGGCAGAACUGGUGGUUUUUGAUUCCGAGGUCUUCUCCCUCGAAAUGGAAAUCAAUCGAGUGCUCCAAGGCGGAUUCAACGGUCCUGACCACUCCCGACCGGAUCAGGAUUGGGAACGAUUCCAAGAACUACAGGCUGGCUUUUUGAUGGUCAUCGCACAGUAUUGGGGAGCCGGACAACCGGUUUCGAAACGUCGAGCCAUGGAAUCUCGAUUCGGAGAUGUCAUCAAAGUCGCCAGGAAAUUCAAUCUUCUCCAUGCUCGACAUCAGCCUUCCGACCGCAUCUCUGAAACGGCAUGGUUACGGAAGGAGUCUCGUAUCAGAACCACUGCGAUGAUUGGGUUGAUCGAUUGUGCCAUGAGGAUCUACACCAACUAUCCAUGUCGCCUGGCUCUGGCCGAGCUGGAGGUCGACCUACCAUGCAAAGAAGCCAUAUUCGCAUCGCAGCACCCCUUCAUGCAAGACGAGUCCAUCUUCGCCCCACGACUUACCAUUUCUCAAGCCUUUGCAUUACUUUUUGACAAGUUAUCCCCACCACCAUUGUCGACCGCCCCGACAUCUGUCGUCGACCCCAAGCUCUCGUCAGCAGCAGCAGCGACAUCGCAAUCACUGAACAAUCUCUUUGACUGUGAUCUGACAGUAUUUAAUUUGUUUAUUCUGAUCCACUAUCUCUACCUCUAUAUCCACUCCUACAUAAUGACAGUAUCACUCCACUUACCCACCACAGCACUUCCCUCGAUCCAAACACAACCUGGACGUCAACCUGGACAUCAAGGUAUUGGAGACGUCGCCGGUCAGGGCGGCGGCGGCUCAGAACCAGUCGCACCCCAUACCAAACCGAGUCCGAGUCCGACCAAUAACUUCUUUUCAUCUAGUCCGCUACGUCAAGACAUCCAAGGCGCAUUAGAACGAUGGCGCCAACUCUGGCAGGCCUGGUGCGCGGGAGUGUCUGAAGAAACACUCAGGAUCGCGGGCAUGUUUCGAGCGGCCCAUAAUUUCUGGCUUGUUUCACAGUUGCUCAUGACGAGCGCGGAGGCCGUCGAUGUCAUCACGGGGAUGGAAAUUGGUUGUGAUGAUGCCCUGACGAAGUUGAAGACAUUGUUACAGAAUGACACUGAGCUUGACCAGCCAGGUGCAGUAAUGGUACAACAGCAGGUAUGA